AUGCUUGAAAUUCUUGAAAUUUACCAAAAAUGUACAAAUACAUUAGUAACACCUACCCCAAUUUCUAGUGAUAGUGAUCCUUCACAUGAUGAACCGAUGUUAUAUGUGAUAUUAUUUUUUAUAGUGAUAGGAUUUUUUGGUGGAAUUUGUUGGAUAUUUUGUUGUGGUACUUGUGUAGGAAGGGAUUUUUUAAAAUUUUGUUGUGGAGAACUUUAUAAGAAUAUUAAUGAUUGUGAUAAUUUUGGUAAUAGUUUUAAUAAUAAUUUUGAUGAUAAUAAUAGAGGAAGAAAUUAUAAAUAUAAAUCAACUGCUAGGGAUGAAGAAGAAUGGGAAAUGUUGGAAGAAAUGCGUUCAACUGAUCCUUUGAUGGAUGCAAAAUUUCAUCCCUUACGUAGAAUAGUUUUAAAAUCAGGAUUAAAACUUGGUCAAAUAUCUAAAUUAUUAUUAUUUUUGGAUAAUAAUAAAAGAAAAGCAACAAAAGUUGAAGAAUUAGAAAAAUCUCUUAAAACAUUUUCUGAAUGGUUUCCAAAAACAAGUUGUAUAUUUCGAAAAUUUGAAAAAUCAUCGAUACCACCACCAGGAGUUUUAACUCCCUAUAAUUCUGAAUUAUUAGAAUUAUUAGAUGAACCGAAAAUUACCAAAGAACAUUAUAAAGUGAAACAAGUUAAAACCGAAAAUGAUCAAGGUGACGGAGAUGAAUUACCGAAAUAUGAAAAUGUCAAAAAUGAUUUGUUAUUAGAACGUGGAUCGUCGAUUAAAGGUACAAUGGAACGUCAACUUACAGAAUAUCAAUACGUUUGCCAGCAUUUAACAGACAAUACAUUAGUUGCUAAAAAUUUCUAUUCAAAGGAUAGGAAGAUGAAAGAGAAAAUAACUACGGAGGCAACGUUAAACAUGGCGAACAAAAGACUCGAUUUGGCAACUGAAAUCAUUCACAAAAAUGUAUUUGAUCAUUUGGAGAAAGAAGAAAAUAACGAAAACGAAAACGACGAGCAAAAUGAGGCUAAAUCAAGUAUACUUCCUAUCAAAGUCUAUAAUAACAGCAAAAUACAUAAGCUAAAGAGGAAGAUGAAGAAAGCUAGUAAAUAUGUUUGGAGAAGAAAACUCUUAAAACCAGGAAAUUUAAAAUUUAUAUCCAAUUUGACUUAUAUCGAACAGGACACUACAGAAGUUUUCGAAAUUGUGAAUCGAAUACGAUUAGUUUCGUAUCUUAAAGAAUUUUCUGAUUGUCAGGGCUUGGCAUCGCUGGAAAGAAAAUGGCCAACAUUUCUUCCUUCUGAUAUAUUAGAUAAACGAUUACGGUAUAUUUUAUGGGCAUUUGAGCUUAUAAAAUGGUAUUGUGCAAUGGCAGGAUGGUACUUUUCUCAAGGAGAUGAAAAAACCAUGGAUCAAAAUACAGUUAGCAUCUCGACUUCUUGGGAUAGUGGCUUUGGUAAUUAUCAUGAAGUUGAAAACAAAAAUAAUCGUGAGGAUUUAGAUGUAUUACUUAAGGGUUUCUCAACAAUGUCUGCAAUGCAAGCACUUACAUUACCAGAAGAAGCAAAGAAAAGGAUUGGAGAUCUUGAAUUUUUUGGAAUAAGAGGGAUCGGAAAUCAUUUUUAG